CCGUUAUCUGUUCUUCCCUCUCUCUCUCUGUCUCCUUUUCUCUCUCAUUCUUUUUCUCUCAAAAUUCAUGCGCACGCAGAGAUUUUAAUCACAAUGCAUAAUCACUGAUUAUAAUCUCACAUAUUUAUAUAAAUUCGUGUAUAAAUAUCGAUAAUCUCCGUAUUGUUGCUUAGAGCAUAAGGAAAGGUGAAAAAAAUAGAGGGAGAGAAAAAAGCAGGGGAAAAGGGGGUGGUGUGUGGAUAGCAGAAUGCCGCCGGCGAGAAUUCUGGUGGCUCAGGCAAUCGCGGCGGCGGCGGUGCUACUUUUCGCAGUCUCGGUGGAUGGGGAAGGGAAGGGAAUGGUGCUGAGCUUGGAGAGGGCGAGUCACGACGGAGUUGGGGUGAGUCAACUCAGGCACCGCGACCGAGUCAGGCAUGGUAGGUUGUUGCAGCAGCAGCAGCAGCCUUCCGGCGUCGUUGAUUUCUCCGUUGAAGGCACCUAUGAUCCUUAUCUUGUUGGGCUAUAUUAUACAAGAGUAAAAUUGGGAACUCCGGCAAAAGAAUUCUAUGUACAGAUAGAUACUGGAAGUGAUGUGCUAUGGGUUAGUUGCAAUCCCUGUAAAGGAUGUCCCUCAUCCAGUGGACUUCAAAUAGAGCUCGAGUUUUUUGAUCCUCCCAGCUCAUCCACGGCUUCACCGAUCUCAUGUUCUGACCAGAGGUGUGCUCUGGGAGCUCAGUCUUCUGAUUCUGGUUGUUCGGGCCAGAACCAGUGUGGGUAUACCUUCCAGUAUGGUGAUGGCAGUGGGACAUCUGGCUACUACGUGUAUGACUCGAUGUAUUUCGACUCUGUAGUAGGGAGUUCAUUGGCUUCCAAUAAUUCAGCACCUGUUGUUUUCGGUUGUAGCACAUCACAAACUGGGGACCUUACCAAGCCAGAUAGGGCAGUUGAUGGUAUAUUUGGUUUUGGACAGCAGGGAUUAUCUGUGAUUUCACAGCUUUCGUCGCAGGGAAUCACCCCAUAUUCGUUUUCUCAUUGUUUGAGAGGAGAGAGUGGUGGUGGUGGCAUAUUGGUGCUUGGUCAAAUAGUGGAGCCAAAUAUGGUUUUCACUCCGCUUGUUCCAUCACAGCCACAUUACAAUGUGAAUUUACAAAGUAUAGCUGUAAAUGGCCAGACACUCAGCAUUGAUUCAUCAGUCUUUGCGACUUCAAGCAACCGUGGAACAAUAAUUGAUUCAGGCACAACUUUGGCAUACCUUGCGGAAGAGGCUUAUGAUCCAUUUGUUACUACAAUCACAGAAACUGUCUCAGGAUCAGUUCGCCCUCUGCUUGCAAAGGGAAAUCAGUGCUAUUUAACUACCUCGAGUGUCUCUGAAAUAUUCCCACAAGUUACUCUAAACUUUGCUGGUGGUGCAUCAAUGAUUCUCAGGCCUCAAGACUAUCUUUUGCAGCAGAAUUCUAUUGGUGGUGUUGCAGUGUGGUGCAUCGGCAUUCAGAAAAUUCAGGGUCAAGGAAUUACCAUUUUAGGCGAUCUUGUUCUGAAAGAUAAGAUUGUUGUGUAUGAUAUAGCUGGUCAAAGGAUUGGAUGGGCAAACUACGACUGCUCGUCAUCUGUGAACGUCUCGACAACCACCAGUACAGGUAAAACGGAGUUCUUCAAUGCUGGGCAAGUUGACAAUAGCAACUCGGCAGAUUAUGCGCCUUUCAAGCUUAUACCGAGCGUCGUUGUAGCAUUACUACUGCAUAUAGCAUUCUUUGGCGUCGCCCCAUUAUUGUGAUAUGAAUCAGGAUGAAUCUCUUGUGCGAGGUUUUUUGUAAAUUCUUUUCAUUUUGGUAGUUUCUAUGUUGUAUACUUAGAUAAAAUUGCAGGCUUCUGAGUUAAGGUAAAAGAUACUCCAUCUUUAUUAGAAUAGAAAGAAUUGGUGUUGUCUUGUUGCACUCUUAAAAAUUUGUAGAUUUAUUGCACAGAUUUUUAUUUAUUUUUAAUAGAGAAGCGUGACAUCACACA